GAAAGUUCAAAAAAGAAUAAUAAGAAACACGGUAAAAGUUCAAAAAAUUCACCACCAGACUCAGGAUCAGAUUUAUCCGACACAGACAAAUCAAGGAAAUUCAGUAUUCCCGAAUUUUCUCAGAAUGUACCAAUCAAUGCCACUCACAUCUUAAAGGAACACAAAAUUCCAUUAUUUUAUGGAGACGACGAUGAAGAAGAUCCAACCGAAUGGUUACAAGACUUGAUAAAAGUAUGUAAGGUGAAUAAUUGGAAUGAGACCACAAUAGUGCGACAAAUUCCCUUGGCCUUAAAAGGUGUUGCAGCUUGUUGGUAUGAAGAAUUCCCAGACAGGAUAAUGAACGAUUUAAAACAAUUCGCCAACGUCUUUAUUAGACAAUUUACGAACGAAGCAACUACCGCCAAGUUACAUGCUCGAAUAGUGUCUCUGAGGAAGAAACCUGACGAAAGUAUUACCAAAUACUACGGGAAAUUUACUAAACUACUUAGACGAGCUGACCCGGAUGAUGAAUAUUAUUUAACCAAACAAAGGUCCGAUUUGUUUAUUCGAGGGCUAGAUAAAAAGCUACAGAGAAAAGUGUUUAGUACAAGAAUUAAUACCCUCGCUAAAGCUUAUAAAAAAGCAAAAGAAGCUGAAACGAUGCUUACCUAUAACGAUUUCACCACCAGCGUUAACGCGGUAUUGGAUGACGAAACGGAAAAUGCCGACGGAAGAAGAAUAAAACGUUUGGAGAAAAUCAUCCAAACAUUGGUAGCCGAACAGAGAGAAAAUCGACGAAUUGAAAGACCAACGGAUGAUGAAAAGAAAUGCCAUUAUUGUGGAAGGAAAGGACAUUUGAUGCGAGAAUGUCGAACGAGAUUAUUCGAUCAAAGAAAAGAACAAUUCACCAAUCGAAAUAGAUCAUUUGACGCUUAUUCCACACCUCGAUAUGAUCAAUGA